UGGUUCAUCCCGCAUGUUAAGAGACAAUGAAACUAUAAUGACAUUUUAUAAUAACAUAUUACAUGUAUAGGCACUGAAACAAUUUUUCUUCGUACUUAGAAAUCACUUGUAAUAUGACAUAUGUCCUGUGGUAUAUUUCAGCGCACUUGCAAAGGAAUUAUUCGAUACGAAGUAGUUCGUGCUAUAGGUGAAAUAGCGUCGCCAUAUUGGUCAAAAUAUUACUACGCCAUCUGAUAAUAAUUCGUUAUUUUGGAGUUUAUGGACAACAUGGACAUUGAAAUCAAUUUUGUGUCUAUCGGAAAGUAUUUGGAAUUAGUGUCUGACCUAAAUUUGGAUUAACAUCGAAAAUAAAUCAAGUUUCUGGACUAUUUUCAAACGCGUAGUACAUUGCUCAAAAAUGACUCUGUCGAUAUCGUUUCCUGUCUGGAAUUGCAGGAUGAUUUUUAAGAUUAAGAAUUCCCAAUUUAUGAUGUAGGGAUGAAAAAUGUCAGAAACGCCAGCGAAGGAUGAGGAGUUUCUUGUGCGUGUACAGGCACAAGUUAUGACCAGGGAUGAUUCAAGUGGGGGUUGGGUGCCAAUGGGAGGGGGUGGGCUAAGCAAUGUGGGUCUACGGAGACUGGUGAAGACAAAUGGUGAAGACCACACUAGGAAUGAAUAUUUAAUACUGGGAGAAAGACUAGCAGACAAAUCAGUGGUGCUGGACUGUAUACUAAAACGAGAUAUUCGUUAUACAAAAGCCAACCCUAAAUUUCACCACUGGCAGACUGAUGACAAGAGGUUUGGUUUGACAUUUGAGAGGUCUGACGACGCCAAGGCGUUUGACCGGGGAAUUCGGCGUGCAGUUGCUGAUCUAGUGGACGGGGUGUGUAAUAUAGAUGGAGAUGAAGAGGUCUUUGUGCUGCUGGACCUUCCAAUGUCAGGCCAGUCAUCACAGUCUGCCUCCACAACAUCUACAACCACAAGUAGCCCUACCCCUCAGUCUCCGGAGUCUACAAUAUCGGGCCUACCAGAGUCCUUCCAGUUCAGCCCACAUGCUAAUCAUGGGCAUCUACACCGGGUGCACUAUAUCCCUUCAACGUCACCUCACCGGAAUGUGACGAGCGGCAGUGUCAAUAAGCCCUCAUCACCCCCUAGUGACAAAUCUAGUAGUAGUAAGUCAGACACAAUCGAUACUAGUAGUUUCAGUCGAGAUGAUAUAUGGAUCAAGCCUGAUGAUCCAACAUCUUUGAGCGGUAAAUCAGAGCAGGUUCUUCUAGACUGUACAGAUAAUCUAGAAAUGAAGGACUACCAAUAUGUAAUAUUUGCCAAAAGUAAACAACAUGAAUAUAGCUAUCCGACCUUAGAGUCAGUACAGAAACCACCGUCGAAACGUGAAUCGACAAGUAAUAUCAAGAGACAGCCUUUGAUCCAGCAACUCCCACCUUUACCCAGAAAGCAGAAAGACAAGAAUAGAAAAACAACACAACGGUUGAUACCACAGCAGAAGUCACGGUGUAAACACUGCCACGAACUGUUUUCUCAUGAGGAGAAUGGGCGGGGCAGUUGUGAGGAUGCACCUGAUGGGUUGGAAAAGUGUAUAGAAUGUGUCACUUGUGUGUGGUGCCCCAAGUGUAUUAUCUACCACUGUAUGUCCGACCCAGAGGGAGACUAUGGACACCCGUGUAUGUGUGAUACAACUGAUGACUCCAACUGUAAGAAGUGGACUGCUUUGACAAUUCUUUCCCUGUUUGUUCCGUGUUUAUGGUGCUAUUGGCCUCUGAUGGCCUGCCACAAGUGUGGGGUAGCCUGUGGCUGCUGUGGGGGCCGACACAAGGCUGCGUAGCAUGUGUCAAAGAGCCACCAACAUACAUACCAUAAUUGUUUUCGUGGAGUGCGUUAUCAAGCUGUGAUAUUUGGUCUUUAUUUCUGAUCUGUUAUUUCCUAUUUUGAACUACAUUUGUAUACUAUCCUUUUAAAUUCUCAUACAUUAAAGGUGAGUCUAUUUAUGGCUCAGACUUUAAUUGUGAGACACUUUGCAAUGUUUGGAUAUUAUAUGGUAUCAGACAGAGGUAGUAUUGUCUCCCCUUAAUGAAAUGAAGUGAAAAACAGUAGGUCUGGCAAUGGUCAAAUAGUUUUAAUUUCAAGAAUUACAGCUUGUGACAACAAUCUAAUUGCAAUUUAUUUGCAUUUUGUCACCUUUUGGCAGUUCAUGUAUUGUAUAGAUUCUAGAUUAGAAUUUUAUUUUGAUAUCCACAAAGGGUUGCUUGUGAAAUUCUCGAUUUAAAGUUAAGCUACCUCAAGCUCUAAAUGAUUUUUUUUCAUAUCUUGCCUACUACACAAAUAUUUUGUAACUUUCUUUCGUUUUCAUUAACAACUAUAUUUAUUUCCUAGUUUCUGUUCUGAUGUACCAUAUAUAUGUAAAAUAUAUUCUCAUUGUAUCCUGUUUAAUUAAGAGUUCAAAAUGAAAUCUACAAAUUAAGAAAAUAACCUAUGACAACAUGUGAAGUGUGGUGAGAUGAAUGCCUGGUGUUGGAAGAGGUUAGCCAUCCCUAUAUUAAUGAAUUACAAGAAUUGUAUUAUACAGUUUGUUUAGAUAGGAAUGAAUCAAGCGUUUUGACUGGAAGAGUGGUUUGAUACAGAGGGGUACCACUGUGGUGGCUGUAACACAAACAGUACAUUUAUGUAUGGUAGAGAUCUUCUGUCCCUCUCUUUAUGUUUUGAGCAAUCUAAGUGCCUACAAUUCAGUGCUUAUUUUUUCUGUCUACUUACACACACAGUGUGAUUCAGAACUUAGGAUAGUUGACAUAUUUAUGUCAGAAUAUUUAAUUUGCAUUAACGUCCAAGAAAGGUGAGAUCUCGUGUAACAGAUCACAGCAUACAAAUUUGUCUAACAGUUUACCCAUGCCAAAAAAAUAAUUUUUUGAUUCAAUUUAAAAAAAUAAUUGAUAUUGAUGUUGUGACUCUCAGAAAGUUUUUUAUUUCAAUUUUCAAACUCUUGAGUGCUAUAAGAUGAUACAGACAGCUGUGUUUAACUGUUGUUAUAAAGGGUAUAUAACUGCUAUCUUUUCAGGUGUAUAAUUCCUGUCAUUGAAAGUGUAUACUUGUAUAAACCUUUCAUUGGUGUUUGACUCCUAUCACUGAAAGUGUAUACAAUCCUUGAAUUAAAGGUGUAUGAUGUCUUUGAUUGAGGGUGUAUGAUUUCUUUAACUGAAGGUGUAUGACUUCUUUAAUUGAAGGUGUAUACGUAUGACUUCUUUAAUUGAAGGUGCAUGACUUCUUUAAUUGACGGUGCAUGACUUUUAAUUGAAGGUGUAUGACAUCUUUAAUUGAAGUCAUUUACAGUCCUUGAAGGUGUAUGCCACUGACUCCUAAUAUUGAAGGUGUAUAUAUACAUGUACAUGCCAUUCAUUGAACAUGUAUGGCUCCUGUCAUUGAUACAGUUAUAUUCUUCUGAUUGGCAAAUUAGGUGGUAGAAAAAUAUGUUGUAGAUCCUGUAAUUUGAGAUUUCACUUUCAGCAUCCCAAGCAACAGUUAAGGUAUAUUGUCAUUCCGCAACUUUAUGUCUGAAGAAGAUUUUAUGUGUUCAAAUAAAACUGUUUACCAUAGUCUAGCUAAACUUAUGUAAAGAUGGAGUGUGAAAAGUAAAAAAAUAUUUGUUCAGAUUGAGUAUGAAGGGUAGGGGUAGGUUUGUGAAUAGAUUUAGUGUGAAAGGUAGAUAUAUGGAUUGAGUGAGAAUGGUAGGAAUACACGCAUAUAAGAUGGAGCGCGAAGGGUAGGUAAGUAUGGGUGUAGAUGAAAGGUACACACAUGUGUACAGAUUAAGUGAAGAGUGAAGGUAUACAUGAGCUCAGAUUUAGUGAAGGAAGGUAUACAUGUGUACAGAUUAAAUGAAGAGGGUAGGUAUGCAUAUGUAUAGAUUAAGUGUAGCGGGAAGGUAUACAUGAGUACAGAUUUAGUGUAGAGGGAAGGUAUACAUGUGUAUAGAUUUAGUGUAGAGGGAGGAUAUGUGUGUACAGAUUGAGUGUAGAGGGAAGGUACACAUGUGUAUAGAUUUAGUGUAGAGGGAAGGUAUACAUGUGUACAGAUUUAGUGAAGAGGGAAGGUAUAUGUGUGUACAGAUUGAGUGUAGAGGGAAGGUAUACAUGAGUACAGAUUGAGUGUAGAGGGAAGGUUUACAUGAGUACAGCUUUAGUGUAGAGGGAAGGUAUACGUGUGUACAGAUUUAGUGUAGAGGGAAGGUAUAUGUGUGUAUAGAUUUAGUGUAGAGGGAAGGUAUACAUGUGUAUAGAUUUAGUGUAGAGGGAAGGUAUAUGUGUGUACAGAUUGAGUGUAGAGGGAAGGUAUACAUGAGUACAGAUUGAGUGUAGAGGGAAGGUUUACAUGAGUACAGCUUUAGUGUAGAGGGAAGGUAUACGUGUGUACAGAUUGAGUGUAGAGGGAAGAUAUAUGUGUGUACAGAUUAAAUGAAGAAGCUAGGUACACAUGUGUACAGAUUGAGUGUAGACGGAAGGUAUACAUGUGUACAGUUUAAGUGUAAAGAACAGGUGUAAAUGUGAACAGAUCGAUUGAAGGUAGGGGUGUACAUGUGUAUAGAUUGAGUGAAGGAUAUGUAUACUGAGUAGUGUGUACAGAUUGAGUACGAGUUAUCUCCCAUUAUGCACCAGGAUAGAGUCCUUAUGCUCGCCUUUUAUUAUCUUACAAAUAUGUGUUUAAGUGCAAAAGUGUUGUCAUAUGCAGAAAGAAAGAGGAUCUAAGAAAAUUAAGUAUUUGUCAGUUAAAUGGCCAUAUGCUUUUUGUUUUUCUGUAUUGUUUUUGUUGAUUUUUUAAAACUUUGUUUUUGCUGGUAGUACCGACAAAAGCAGUGCUGUGUAUGUUGAGGUUAUUAAGUUCUGGAGUUCUGUUGCAACAUGUGUUUUUAAAGGGUGUUUUUUAUUUCUAUUUCUUUUUUAAUUUUCUGGGAAUGGUUUAACUUUAAAGAAUUUUCCAAAUUCAUUAAUUUUAAUUUACAUUCUUAACAUAAGUGUUAUACCGUUUUGUUACAUGUAGUUUUGCAAUAAAUCUAUUAUGUAUUUUCCAGGGUUGGGAGGUUUUUCAAAUACUUUAUAUUUUAUUCUAAACACAGGCAGGGAUAUUUGAAACUCUAAUAUUAAUUCAUGCUAAAUUUAAAUGCUCUGAAAUAAUUCCAUAAUUGUUCCACAAUUUAACAUACUACUACAUUGUGAAACUGAAUAUGUUAAUUACUAGGUAUAAAUACACGCAAAAAGUUGAUCAAUUCUACAUUUGAACUUUUGAAUUUCUUUUCAAAGAAAGAUCUGGAUUACUUUUACUGUAAACUGUAUACUUUUGAAACGGUCAUUUUCUUGUAUAAUGUUGUGUAUAUAUAAUACUACCACAGAUAUUCUCAGAGUUAUUUCAACUCACAUGUUAUUUUUUUUGUAUACCUCAAUAUAAUGGUUCUCUAGCCGUUAUCUCUACACAGAUGUGUUCGUCAGUGACUGUCAUAUCAAGAUCAUGCAUAAUGAAUAUUCCAUAGAACAUCACACUUCAUCACACCGUCACAUUCAUUAACAUUUCUAUCAAAAUUAAAAAUUGUAUUGCUAAAUAUUUUGCGUCUGUAUGUUUUAUUUAUUUAAGUAAGAAAAUAGUAUUAAUUCGACGAAUAAUACACUAAUUUUCCUACAAAAGAUAUUAUUUAUUCCAAGCAACUGCAAUUCCAAUGUUUUCAAUAUAUUUCUGAAGGAAACGAGCGACAUUUUUGAGAUGCAUAACAUUUCUUGCACUUAAAAUGAAAUAUAAUCAAGCUAAUGAUGAAUAAAUAUAAAAUUGAGAUGGUUGUAAAAUAUUCUGCAUAAUUAAAAUUAAAAUGGUUGUGAGUCAUUAUAAACAUUGUCACAUUUAAACUGAAAACAAUUUAAAAAAGAGCAUGGUGAAUUCCACUUAUCACAAAGUUGCUAGACACAAUAUUCCUGAUUUUGUUGUUUUUGUAACAGGUUUCACAGUUGACUCCUUUUUAAGAGUCUUCAUUAACUAGAUCAGUAAACAGAAUUUUGACUAAAGAAAAAACCCAGAAAAUUAUACAUUUUCAAAAUGUAACGUGUCCCCGUUUAUCAAGUAUAAAUGCUGUAUACACUGAUUUGGAUAAUGAUUCAAACCUUUCAGUGUGCUUUAAAUUUAGUGAAAUUUGUUUUAAUGUAAGUUUUGCCAAAGAUAGUUUGGUUAUAGUGCUUUACCUAAGGGAUGUGCUGUUCAUGUCAAAUUAAGACAUGCCCAUUAAGUGCAAUAUUUUUUUCAUUAAUAUCUUCAUUGACAGCAAAUCUGAAAAAUAUAAUUUUCUAUCAACAAGUAACUGAUUUUGUAGCCAUAGGAAAAGAAUGUGACAUACUAGCCAACCCUUAUACAGUGUUGUAGCUUAUCAUAUUGUAAGGGCCCUGUAUCCCUACGUUCAGACCCCUAACCGACAGUUGGUCAGCCAUUUUUAUAACCAAAUCGUUCAUACUGUGGAAUUAUGGAACUGUACUAUUAAUAAUUGUGAUUCAUCUUAUUUUAUUCUCAGUGCUUCAAAACAUUUACAGAAAGUUUGAAUAUGUAAUGCAGGUUUUACUCUGGUCUGAGCUGUAAGGAUACAGAGGUCUCUGAAUCGCUCUAGUCUAGGCCACAGACAAGGUCAGCAUUACAGCCAAUCAUACUGUCGUCACUUGAUCUGCCCCCACAAUGUAUCCAAAGCUAAGUGUUGUGUGACCAGGUUUGGGAUUAAAUGAUGUCAUUUAAACGUGACAUCAUUACAGCAGUUAGUUUGUAGGAAUGUGGUGGCAGGUGAAUUGAGCCAUUUACAGGGACUAACAUUUAGGAUGUUAUGAUAUAUUGUACAUAUAUUAGUUGAUAUACAGAUGGUUGUAAUCUGAUAAAUCUGUGCAUGUCACAAAGAAGUCUAUGUGUUCAUGGAUAACUACACAUUGCCAUUGAUUAGCCUUAUGAUUGCUAUUGUUUUUUGUAUAUGAUGGAAUGGCUGUAGUGGUUUGUGUUGUGGACUCCUGACAUGUGUGCCUGUAGCCCAGACUCAUUUUGCUUAAUUUGUCUUUACAUAAGUAGUUCAGCCUGAUUCUAAGGUUAACUACAGAAAUGUGGAGGGUUAUCUGUGACACUCCAAUGGAUGAAAGAUAUAAUUGUCCCGACAUAAAACUACAUCAAGGGACAUUAGAAAAAGCAAGACCCCAUUAAAAUUUACAAUAUUUUGUAAAAUAUCUCAUUAAUUUGCAUUUAUAAACUAAAUACUUUAAAUCAUAUGAUAAAUGAUAAUCUACUAAACCCUGUAUGUGCUUGUACAUAUCACCUUACUAUGCUAUGAGGUUGUGGUUUGGUUACAUUAGGGGCGGGUGCAUAGUAAUUUUGUCAAUAUUGCGGGAAGUAGAUAUGCUGCAAGUUUUAUGUAUUAAGGGGAGGUAAUCUGGUGGUGUGGGGAGGUUUCCUUGUUUAUUAUUCUUGAGAAGGGGCAUUGGUAGGGUGGUAGGUUACUUGGUGAAAUUAUCUAUGAGAGGGGAAGAUUACCUGAUGGUAUUAUCCUUCCUGUUUUGAGGAUGGGGGUACUGGCGGUGAUAUUGGGGAGAUACUUCUUGCAUUUCUCCAUUGUAGUGUCACAGAGUUGGGCGUAUGCAAAUCUACUUGUUAUGGACUUUGGGAAGAAGUUCCUUAACUCAUUUUUACCUGGACACAAAUAUUGCUUUCAAAGGUAGAGAAUCUAUAGUACAAUUAGAACAGUUGUUGACAAUCAUGACAUAAAUGGCUUUGUCCUGUUACCUAAGUUUGUGUUUAUUUUAGUUUUUGUAAAAGUAUUUGUUAACAGUAAUUAUACUUAUGUGUUUAUAAUGAGGAACUAUUCACAUGUAUGAAGAGAAAAAGUCCCUCUUGUAAAAUAAUAGCAAGAUGAUGAAAUGCUGUAUUCUUCCCAAAGUACAUGAUUGUUGUGGAUUGUGUGUUGAAACUGUGUGUGUUGGGAAGGGCAGUGAAUGCUAUGUGUUGAAGCCUUGGACGUAGGGAAGGGCAGUGAAUGCUAUGUGUUGAAGCCUUGGACGUAGGGAAGGGCAGUGAAUGCUAUGUGUUGAAGCCUUGGACGUAGGGAAGGGCAGUGAAUGCUAUGUGUUGAAGCCUUGGACGGAGGGAAGGGCAGUGAAUGCUAUGUGUUGAAGCCUUGGACGUAGGGAAAGGCUGUGAAUGCUCUUUACAUGUAAACAACUUGUCUGUUGUUUUGAUUUAGAGUUUUGAGAUAACACACUGGCGAUUGUGUCUUAUGUGAGUGCAUGCAUUGUUAAAAAGUACGAGGGCAAAUGUUAUGUACACUGUCUGUGUGCCAAAUCCACUGUUCCUUUUUUUGUCCCUUUUGGGAACUUCUUUGAUGACCAUAUUGGAGGUGUAAGGGUGUAUGAGCUAGGAUUACGUGGUUUGUUGCAGAGUAAUUCAGAAGUAUGCUUUGUAUUUGUUAAUAUUGAGUUGUUGCAUUAUUUUAUAUAUAUAAGUCACAAGUCAAUAUUCUUACUGUUCAUGCAACUUUAUUUUUCAUCUAUUUUUUUUUAAUUCUAAAUAUAGGGAUGUAAUUGAAAAUUUUCUUGAAGAAUUUGUAGGAUAAGUAAUAUUUUCAAUUUGAAAAAUGAUUGAAAUGAAAUAAGAAUCUUGAUAUGAUGAAGUACUUGGCUGCUGUCUCUGUAUUUUGGAAUCUUUCCUUCCCCUUUUUACACACACAGAAAUGUGACUGAUUGAAUCAGCCAAUAUGUAGAUUGCCAUUUGAUUUAUACUCGAUGUAAGUUAACAUAAGGUGAUAGUAGUAUACCUAAGUUUUCAUAAUGUGGCCUGAAAUAAAACAAUGUCCGAA